AUCAUCUCAAAAAUUCUGAACAGUUACAUCACACACAGAAAUUCCUUCACUCAAUCCGUGUGAAAAAAAAAACCCACGCAUUAUCGUCCCCAGGUUCAUCUCUACUCUUCCAAGGGUUUCGGUUUCACAUUUCAAUCAUGUGAAAAGCCUAGAUUCUACUUCUGUUAGGGUUAGGGUUAGGGUUUAUGCUCGAUUGACAAAAUUCAGAGUCCUGAUUUCGAAUGGGUAACUGCUGCAGAUCUCCGGCGGCCGUCGCCAGAGAAGACGUGAAGUCAGUCAACUUCUCCGGCCACGAUCACGGCCGGAAAGAUAAAUCAUCCGGCAACGUUAAGAAAGUGGUCACCGUUCUGACGGAGGUGAAGAAGGAAAACAUCGAGGAGAAGUACGUGGUCGAUCGGGAGCUCGGCAGAGGAGAAUUUGGGGUUACUUACUUGUGCAUUGAGAGGGAUACGAGGGAGUUGUUGGCCUGCAAGUCGAUAUCGAAGCGGAAGCUUAGGACAGUUGUUGAUGUGGAUGAUGUAAGAAGAGAGGUUGCGAUAAUGAAGCAUUUGCCUAGGGAUUCGAGCAUUGUGAGCUUGAAGGAGGCUUGUGAGGAUGAAAAUGCAGUUCACUUGGUAAUGGAAUUGUGCGAGGGUGGGGAAUUGUUUGAUAGGAUUGUGGCUCGUGGGCAUUAUACGGAGAGGGCUGCUGCUGCGGUGACGAGGACGAUUAUGGAGGUCGUGCAGCUGUGCCACGAGCAUGGGGUUAUCCAUAGGGAUUUGAAGCCGGAGAAUUUCUUGUUUGCGAACAAGAAGGAGAAUUCGCCUCUUAAAGCCAUCGAUUUUGGAUUGUCUAUUUUCUUCAAGCCAGGUGAAACGUUUUCUGAAAUUGUGGGAAGCCCUUACUACAUGGCCCCAGAGGUGCUCAGGCGAAAUUAUGGGCCAGAAAUAGAUAUCUGGAGUGCUGGGGUGAUUCUCUAUAUCUUGUUGUGUGGAGUUCCUCCUUUCUGGGCUGAAUCCGAGCAAGGUGUUGCCCAUGCCAUCAUACGUGGGAAAAUAGACUUUGAACGCGAACCGUGGCCAAGUGUAUCGGAGGGUGCCAAGAGCCUUGUAAAACAGAUGUUGGAGCCAGAUGCUAAGCUUCGAUUGACAGCGAAACAAGUUCUUGAACAUCCUUGGAUUCAAAAUGCGAAAAAGGCUCCCAAUAUUCCUCUUGGAGAUGUUGUCAAAUCAAGACUGAAGCAAUUCUCAUUGAUGAACAGAUUCAAGAGGAAGGCUCUUAGGGUGAUUGCCGAUUUUUUAUCUAAUGAAGAAGUUGGAGGCAUGAAAGAAAUGUUUACUAGAAUAGACACUGAUGGCGAUGGUAUUGUUUCAACUGAAGAACUAAAGGCUGGAUUGCACAAGUCCAAUUCGCAACUGGCUGAGUCUGAAAUAGAGCUUCUCAUUGAAGCUGUUGAUGCAAAUGGUAAAGGAACAUUGGACUGCGGAGAAUUUCUUGCUAUUACACUCCAUAUGCAAAGGAUAGCCAACGACGAGCAUCUUCACAAGGCUUUCUCCUUUUUCGAUAAAGACGGAAAUAAUUACAUCGAGCCCGAUGAGCUUCGAGAAGCUCUAAUGGAAGACGGAGCAGACGAUAGUGCUGAUGUGGCGAACGACAUUUUCCAGGAGGUCGACACGGAUAAGGACGGACGAAUCAGCUACGAUGAAUUUGUGGCGAUGAUGAAAACUGGAACAGAUUGGAGAAAAGCUUCGCGACAUUAUUCGAGAGGAAGAUUUAAUAGUCUCAGCAUAAAAUUGAUGAAGGAUGGUUCUAUUAAUUUGGGUGAGUAAAUAUGCAGGAAUUGAACUUGCAUUGUUCUUUUUUUUUUUUUACCCUAUUGAGGUAAUGUAAUAUUUAAUUUACUCUAUGAAACACAUAAUCAAUACAUUUUUAAGAACACAUACAUGUAAUCCAGUGGUGUUCAGAUA